AUGGGGGAUUAUCUUGCGAAACGCUUUCCCGAUGCUAGGAUGAUAGUUUUUUCGCAGAUAAGCUCUGGUUCAGCUAUUCCAUUAGCAGCUAUUUUGUUGCAGAUGUUGUCGGAUGACCAAUCAACAGCAUUCAGGCAUGGGUGGUCUUGUUCACUUCCUGGAGCAGUCCAGCAACUAACAAGUACGUAUCCUUGA